AGGGCACUUCUACUCAUCUUUUCUUAAAAUAAACAAACAAGGAGGUAUUUGGUGAAAUCAGUAGCCAGCAACUUGAAAUCUGAUAAAUGUAGUGCUUUUUCACAUAACACACAACAAGCCUGUGGAGCUUAAUGCCAUUAUAUCCAUGUAUGAUUAACGGAGAUCAAGAGCUUAACAGACUUGAGACAUUUUGUUGGAUAAUAAGCACAUCUGGAGUUACCAUUGUAAGGGUUCUUUUUAAAAGAUGAAAAAAUGUGCGAAGUCUAUAUAUCCUUGUGUUCUUCUUCGAGUGGUCCCCGUGGGUGCUUCACUCUAGGUGUCGGGCUCGUUCCAGCGCCGCUGAUCGGAGGCUUUUCGUAGCUGUAGUCGGCCGGACCGCGCAUGCGUGGCAGGUUCCGCGCGCCGUUUUUCCAGUCACGCGGUCCGGCCCCUUCGCCAGUUCCUUUCAACCAUCCUAGGUUGCUGACGGAGAUCUGAGUCUCUCCUCAGAGGCAGCUCCUUUCAAUAGAAAAGUUAAAAAUUUUCAUUCGUUUUCCUCAGGUUAUGGUUAGCGUUAGUUAGGUAGUUAGUUAUUUGUUUAAAAAAAAAUUGAAAGCUUGACAUAGUUAGUUAAGGCUACUGUUAUUUCUAGUUUUCUCUACUGUUUGAACCCAGGAAAUUCAAAAUGCCCGGUUCACCGGGUUUUAAGAAAUGUUCUUUGUGCAAAGACCCCAUGCCGGCGUCCGACGGCCAUGGCUUGGGGGAGUCCCAUGUGCCGAGCAAAUAUGCUCACUCUUCCAAAUUAACGGCCAGGGCACGUAGGGACAGGGACAUGAGGCUGAAGCUCAUCCUAUUUGAUAAGGCUCUGCAGCCUUCUGAAAUGCCUCAAGGAGAUCCCUCUAUGGAGCGCAAGAGGAGGUCUUCACCGCAGAGCGGGUGGACUCAAAAGAAGGGGAAAAAAGUCUCCCCGGCGCGAUCCCUGACUGCGGCCCCUCUAUCUAAAAUCAGUGAUGGUGACCAGCCAGAUACCUCCGGAACAGGUUAUCAACCCGCGAAACAAAAAUCGCACAGGCAUAAGUCUGUGGGACGUUCCUCUUCCGUGCCGGUGCCGUCGACCACUGUUAAGGCGGGGAAGAAAUCGGCACCGCCGACUCAAGGGCAGCAGCCUAUGAGAGUGCCUGACCCUACAACCUCGGCACCGACAGUGCAGAAACACGGAAGACACGAUACGGCAUCGCUUCAACAAGCGGCACCGACAGAGCAGGCGGCACCGGGGCACCGAACGCCCACGGCACCUGAUACAGCGCCGAGUGGCAGUCACACUACAGUGCCGGGAGUGGCACUGCAAAUUAUGAAGAAAGCGAGCACGGCACCAGCGGACCAUGGCAGCUCGGUUCCGCCUAAGGCACCGGUAGGAGAGUUAGCCUCCCCAGCUUCAUCGGCGCGGCACUCCCCAAUACUGGUCUUAGAUGAUGAGGAUCAGGUCUCCAGGCAUUCCUCCGUCGAUGAGCCCUGCGCCAUGCCUUCGGCCGUACCUUCAAAAGCUCAAAGGAAGUCGGCUCCUAGAAGAGGGUCUCCAUCUCCAUCACCGAUUUUUUCGGCACUGUCUCCCUCCCCUCCGCGAUACCAUUCUCCAAGGGGCCUCGUUAUCAUCGCAGCUCGCGUUCUCCGCACCGCCACUCGAGGCCUCACUAAACUUAUGUUUACAGGCACCCCAUACCACAUUUUGGGAUGCAUACUUCUAGGUCUCGCUCACCAACUCGUUCACCCUCGAGAUCUUAUGGCAGCAGAUACAGCACUGCCUAUUCAUCCAGGAGACCAUCUCCCGAUGGCUCCUAUCGCACAACCAUUGGUUUGCAGCCCUCGACUUGCAAGACGCGUAUUUUCACAUUACAAUCCACCGGGCGCACAGAUGCUUUCUGCGCUUCGUGAUAAACAACGACCAUUUCCAAUACAGGGUCCUCCCCUUUGGUUUGGCGGCAGCUCCCAGAGUUUUCUCAAAGACUCUAGCGGUAGUUGUGGCAUAUCUACGGUGCCAGCACGUCCUCAUAUUCCCUUAUUUAGACGAUUGCCUCAUAAAGGCCCCAACGCAUCAAGAGACCAUGUGGAUGAUCUCGUUAGUCAGAAACACGUUCGAUUCUCUCGGCUUGAUAAUAAAUGAACAGAAGUCGACCAUUGCUCCGACACAAAACAUAAAGUUCAUCAGCGCAGUCCUAGAUUCUAUCACGGCAAGGGCAUACUUACCUCUAGACAGGUUCCAAGCGAUACAGGAACUAGUAAAGGUACUCGACAUAGCUCCAACUGUGUCCAUACAUACGUGUCUGCGCCUUCUGGGCCACAUGGCAUCCACCACCUUCAUGUUUCCUCAUGCAAGACUUCACUUCAGAGAUCUUCAACACUGGUUAGGAAGGGUAUACUUACCACAAAAACACAGCAUUCACAAGACGGUCACUGUGCCGCCUCAUGUUCGCGACUCCCUGCGUUGGUGGAAAUGCACAGGAAACAUCCUUUCCGGAGUCCCAUUCUGUCGUCCUCAGCCUUCUGUGCUUAUAACGACAGAUGCAUCUCUCAUAGGCUGGGGUGAACAUAUGGGCAACGAUCAUGUUCAGGGCAAAUGGCCCUCCAUAGAGAAGACUUAUCACAUCAAUCUCUUGGAGUUACGC